UCUGUGGGGCUCUUCUCACCAAAUGCUCUACCCAAUCAUCCUAUGCACGCACUUUCUCUGAUCUCAGUCCGCGUGACAGUGACUCUCCCUAAAGGAGAUCAGCAGUCUCCAAGGAAACCAGGCAGCUCCAGGUGAAAGGUGGGCACUCUGACUCGGCUGCGCUUCCCAGCUACACGAUCUUGCAGCUACCUUCUGUGAGAUUCAGUUUCUCCUUCUGUAAAAUGGGGGAUUAAGAGUGUCUGUCUCAUGAGUCCUUUUAAGUAUUGAAGAAGAUAAUGCAGAAAAUGUACUUAAGGACUCGGUAAGCGGGAGGUGUUGCUGGCCUUGGAGCACCUGCCCGUGGCGAUUCCUACCAUCUCUUUUCUGGUAGGAGUCCAAGGAGGUUGGGACUUGAGACACCACUCCCCUUGAUGUGUCCUUCAUUUGACCACUCGGUGCUACUGGGGGGUUUACAGGGUGUUCCAUUACCCGAGGUGGUGGCGCCACCCCCCCCCCGCUCCCAUUCCUCCAUCCCCCGUCCCCAUGGCUCUCUUUCCAGCACGCUGCCCCUGGCAGUCCUCACCCACCCUCUCUUUCUUUCCAUCUGCAUCCUGGCAUUUCCCAUGUACCUGCUGGACUUUCUGGGCUUGUGGAACUGGAUAUGCAAAAAAGGGUUGCCCUACUGCUUGGCGAGUUUCACUGUGAUGUACAACAAACAGAUGGCGAGCAAGAAGCAGGAGCUCUUCAGCAAUCUACAGGAGUUCGCGGGCCCCUCCGGGAAGCUCUCCCUGCUGAAGCUGGGCUGCGGCACAGGGCCCGACUUCAAGUUCUACCCGCCUGGAUGCCAGGUGGCCUGUAUUGAUCCCAACCCCAAUUUUGAGAAGUUCUUGAUCAAGAGCAUUGCUGAGAACCAACACCUGCAGUUCGAGCGCUUCGUGGUGGCUGCCGGGGAGGACCUGCACCAGGUGGCCGACGACUCCAUGGAUGUGGUGGUCUGCACACUGGUCCUGUGCUCCGUGAAGAACCAGGAGCGGAUCCUCCAGGACGUGUGCAGAGUGCGGAGGCCGGUGACUCCCCCAAGUAGACAGUGGGACCUGCCGGAGUAAGGACAGGUGACGCUCUGUCAAAUUUCCCCACUGUCUAACCCAGCAUCUGACCCUCAGUGGGUGCUUACUGAUGUUGGUUUAAUAGAAUUCCAAUGAAAGUUGUUCUUUGGCCAUUUAAUGCAUCAAACAGACAAAAUAUUUGUGUGAAUUUAUGAAGACACACUAUUUAAAAUAGAUUCCCAUCUCCAGGAGAUGCCCUUAACUUCAUGGAACAUACAGCAGCCAAACAUUCUAGCUGGAAUUUCUCCGGUCAGCAAUUCCUCAGCCUAGCUAGACACUUCUUAUCUGAAACCUGUCAAGAAAGAGCCAGAAUGUUCUGGAAGGGGCUGCUUUCUUUCAACCAACAUUACAGCUCCCAUAGGCCCAUUGGCCAGAGAGCUAUCCCUUCCUCAUACCUCUCUGUGUACACAGAACUAAAAAGAAAGCACGUAGGCACUGCAAGGGCCUCUGCAUCUCAGGAACUCAAGACCUGCCCUUUGUCAGUCAGGUUCCAAUAGGGAGAAAAUGGUCACACUAGUUAUUUAAACAGAAAGAAUUCAACGUAAAGAAUUGUUAACUAAGUACAGAACUGUUAACUGCGUAACUGAAAGAGAACCCUAAGAUAUCAGGGAACUGGCACUGACAGAAGUAGACACUGUAACUAGGGCUGAGGGAACAAAGGGAAGAGGUUAGAAGUGUUAAAACUCAGAACCUUAGAGGAGGGGCCCCUGAGACGCAGAACUCUGGGGCAGAGGUGCUGCUUGGCUGGCACUGAUACCUCUAGUAGGGGGCAGGAUGAAACGGAUUUAUUCUUCAAGUGUUGGGAAAACUGCCAACUGCAUUCAGCUGCUGCUACAGGAAGGCACGGCUGCUGCCAGGGUGAAGACACAUUGCU